GUCGCUAAACCCUGAAACCCUAAUAUAAGCUUCACAGCGACAAUCCUCACUCAACUCCCAUAACUCCCCCUUAUCCACACAACCAAGAGAACUUGCAGCUUCUCACAUGGCGUCUGCUAAUGCGAUAUCUACAGCUUCAAUCCUUUCUUCCCAUAAGAAGGGGAAUUUUCUUGAUGGUAGUAGGAGGAUUAAUCUAUUGCAGACUGCUGUGAAUAUGAGACAAUCGAAUCGCCGGUUUGUGGUUCGAGCUGCGGCUAAAGAUAUUGCGUUUGACCAGAAGUCGAGGGCGGCUAUGCAGGCCGGAAUCGAUAAACUUGCCGACGUCGUUGGCCUUACUCUCGGUCCUAGAGGAAGGAAUGUUGUUUUGGAUGAAUAUGGUUCCCCAAAGGUGGUUAAUGACGGAGUUACAAUCGCCAGAGCUAUUGAGCUUCCUGACGCCAUGGAAAACGCUGGUGCUGCUCUUAUCAGAGAGGUUGCAAGUAGGACCAAUGACUCAGCUGGUGAUGGUACUACAACAGCAUCAGUUCUUGCCCGUGAAAUCAUCAAACUCGGUCUCUUAAGUGUCACUUCAGGUGCUAAUCCAGUGUCAUUAAAGAAAGGUAUUGACAAAACUGUAUUGGGUUUAAUUGAGGAGCUUGAAAAGAGAGCUAGACCUGUAAAAGGUUCUGAAGAUAUCAGAGCCAUUGCUUCAAUCUCUGCUGGAAAUGAUGAUGUUAUCGGAGCCAUGAUUGCUGAUGCCAUUGACAAGGUCGGAGCAGAUGGUGUCUUGUCUAUUGAAUCAUCUUCCUCAUUUGAAACAACCGUUGAUGUUGAAGAAGGAAUGGAGAUUGAUAGAGGAUACAUCUCUCCACAAUUUGUCACCAACCCCGAAAAACUCCUGGUUGAAUUCGAAAACGCUAGGGUUCUAAUCACAGAUCAAAAGAUAUCUUCAAUCAAGGAGAUCAUCCCAUUACUCGAAAAAACCACACAAUUAAGAGCUCCAUUGUUGAUCAUAGCUGAAGAUGUGACAGGUGAAGCUUUAGCCACUCUUGUUGUCAACAAGCUUCGAGGCAUCCUCAAUGUUGCAGCCAUUAAAGCACCUGGUUUUGGUGAAAGAAGAAAAGCUUUACUUCAAGAUAUUGCAAUCAUGACAGGAGCUGAGUAUCAAGCAAGUGACUUGGGGUUACUUGUUGAGAAUGCUUCUGUUGAGCAACUUGGAAUAGCUAGAAAGAUCACAAUCACUAAAGACUCAACCACCAUGAUUGCUGAUGCUGCAUCAAAAGAUGAAAUCCAAUCAAGAAUUGCUCAGAUCAAAAAGGAGUUAUCUGAGACUGAUUCGGUUUAUGAUUCUGAGAAAUUAUCAGAAAGAAUUGCAAAGUUGUCUGGUGGAGUUGCAGUUAUUAAAGUUGGUGCUGCAACUGAAACAGAAUUGGAAGACAGAAAGCUUAGAAUUGAAGAUGCUAAAAAUGCAACAUUUGCUGCCAUUGAAGAAGGUAUUGUUCCUGGAGGUGGUGCUGCAUUUGUGCAUUUAUCCACUUUGGUUCCAGCGAUUAAAGAGACAAUUGAAGAUGCUGAUGAACGAUUGGGUGCUGAUAUCAUUCAAAAGGCAUUGGUGUCACCGGCAUCACUGAUUGCACAGAACGCGGGAGUUGAAGGGGAAGUGGUGGUGGAAAAGGUGAAGGAAAGCGAAUGGGAAAUGGGAUACAAUGCAAUGACAGAUAAGUAUGAGAAUCUGGUGGAAUCAGGAGUUAUUGAUCCUGCAAAGGUUACAAGAUGUGCUUUGCAGAAUGCAGCUUCGGUUGCAGGAAUGGUUUUGACCACACAAGCAAUUGUUGUGGAAAAGCCUAAACCUAAGGCACCCAUGGCUGCUGCACCACAAGGUAUGUCCAUAUGAUGAUGAAUGAUAUUUGUGACCAAAUAGGGUCUCUGGUUUUGUAGCAAUUCGAGAUUUUGGACUUUUCUUAAACGGCCUACAUGUUGUAAUUUUAUUAUUAUUAUUAGCGGAAAUAAAAUGAUUUUUACUCCA